CGCACCAAGUGACUAAAACCGUAGUUCAUGAAGGGCUACUGUGUGUGAGCGAGCCCUGCUUGUUUUAAGGCUUAUUCUCGCCGCGCACGUGUGUUGAGAAGGAUAAGUUUCUGGUGCAGCCUUCAUCUUUGCGACUACUAUAUUCAUUAUCUCUUGCAGAUGGAGCCCAGCCCUGGCUGUCACAACCUCCUCCUCCUGACCAGUUUAAUCUCGGCCUCCUAAUUAUAGAGAAAAACCAUGAGAAACGAGAGUUGAGCUGUCACCCGGUCACCUUUAUAAUCCAGAUAUCUGCAUUUUAACUUGGAGUAUCCUGUGCUUCCCUUUUACAGACAACAGACCUGAGGGACUUUGCCGGCCUCCUCCCACUCCAGCAACAUCUGUACACUGUGUGAAUUUAUUAGCAGCUGCCAGUCUCUAAUGCAUAUGUUAUUUAAGGCAGUACAUUCAACUAUACAGUAAACUGUUAUGCCCUUUAAAUUCUGUUUGCACUUAUAUUAGUUGCUAACUUGCAGAUCUUUCCCACUUGUACUGUACAUUCAUACAGUGUCUCAAAGUAUCUUUAAGGAUUUCUUUGUUAACUCUAAUAUUUGUUGUGCAACCUUUGUACUACUAAGCAGCUUAAUAUUAAAACCAACAAAACUAAUUUCUGACAGUCUUCCUAGCUUCUUGCAUGGAUCCCCGUGUAGCGUGGAUUCAGCCGGAGCAGAAAGGCCCUGCUAAUGCCCUUUGGAUGCAGAUUUGGGAGACCUCACAGGGGCUGCGAGAGAAGCAGCCAAGACUCAAUCAUUCUGGAGUACAUGCAAAUUGUGGAAAUACAAACAUGUUAAAUCCCCCUCAUUACCCACCUUACCUGUGCUUGAACACCUUAGCUUUAAACAAACAUAACCUUGGUCAAACUAGUACUGCUUCUCGACCUAGUACCCCUUGUUCUUCAUCAUCUGCGUCUGACCAGGAACAAGAUGCUGUUCCUGUGGUUGCCGGAUGUGCGCUUCCUCCUUCCUCCUCACAAUCCUUUGACAACACAAGUGGAGCUCGUACUCUGAGACUUAAGAAAAACCCUUCCGUCUCAUCAUCUUGUUCUUCGUCUUCUGAAUUUGGUUCAGAAAACCAAAGGUGCUCUUCUCCUGGCAUUGGAGAUGUGUGUCCUCUGCAAAGUAACACUUCAAAUACUGAUACAGGGACUCUGCAAUCAAACUUUCUCUACAAUGAGGAAAAUAGGCUCAAUAAUUUGAAUAAUCUGCAUUCAAAUAAAUGUAGCACUAGUAAUAGGACAAGUUGUCGUGUUAAUAGGCCACAUCCUAGUGAGCUACACCAUCAACGCCUCCAUCAUAUGGCUAGCUAUGAUUUACAUCAGUACCACCCAGGCCGAAGGAAAAGAGAAAAUAAGGCUAGCACCUAUGGUAUAAACUAUUUAAUGGCUGAAGGCAUACAUAAAGGGAAUGGGCCUUGGACUGAUGAUAGACUUCCUCUACAACAUGCAACAGGCACUCCGUGGAAAAAUAGAAAAUACAACCCAGGCAUAAAGGGUCUUCAUGAAGAAAUAAUAGAUUUCUAUGAAUUCAUGUCUCCAAGACCUGAAGAAGCAGCAAUGAGGAGAGAAGUGGUGAAGAAAAUAGAAACGGUUAUAAAAGAUCUUUGGCCCUCAGCUGAUGUUCAGAUUUUUGGGAGCUUUAGCACUGGUCUUUAUCUUCCAACAAGUGAUAUAGAUCUGGUAGUUUUUGGAAAAUGGGAGCAGCCUCCUUUGCAGUUGUUGGAACAGGCACUACGCAAACGAAAUGUGGCAGAGCCAUGUUCAGUUAAAGUGCUGGAUAAAGCAACGGUACCAAUAAUUAAGCUCACUGACCUGGAAACGGAAAUAAAAGUUGACAUAAGUUUUAACGUUGAAACUGGAGUGAAGGCCGCUCAGUUCAUAAAAGAUUGUAUAAAGGAAUACUCUUUAUUGCCUUACUUGAUUUUAGUAUUAAAACAAUUUCUCCUUCAACGAGAUUUGAAUGAAGUUUUUACUGGUGGAAUUAGCUCUUACAGCCUUAUUUUAAUGGCAAUUAGCUUCCUUCAGUUACAUCCUAGAAUUGAUACUAGAAGAUCCAGUGAAAAUCUUGGUAUGCUUCUCAUUGAAUUCUUUGAACUGUAUGGAAGACAUUUUAAUUACUUAAAAACUGGUAUUAGGAUAAGAAAUGGUGGUGCAUAUGUAGCCAAAGAAGAAAUCAUGAAAGUCAUGGCAAAUGGCUAUAGACCAUCUAUGCUAUGCAUUGAGGAUCCUCUGUUACCUGAAAAUGAUGUUGGCAGAAGUUCCUAUGGAGCCAUUCAAGUGCAACAAGUGUUUGAUUAUGCAUACCUUGUACUAAGUCAUGCAGUUUCACCACUUGCAAGAUCUUAUCCAAACAGAGAUGCUGAAAGUACUCUUGGCCGAAUAAUCAAAGUAACACAAGAAGUGAUUGACUAUAGAGAUUGGAUAAUGAAGAAAUGGGGAGACAAAAUUAUCUUGUCACCUUGUGUGUCUGAUAACAGUACAAAAGAAUCACUUCCUUUGGCUAAUGAGGAAAUAAUACAAAGUCCAAAUUCUUACAACCAACAUUUGAAUCAAUCUUUGUGCAGCCCACAGCUCUUGGUGUCUGAAACAUCAUCCUCUUCCUCAUCCAUUUCUGGCAGUGAUAUAGAUUCUGAUACACCACUUGGCUCUUCUGCAAAUAUUCAGCCCUUUAAUCUGCAACCACUGACGCUGCCUAUGGCUAGAUUGCCAUCUGCCCUGCCAAUGUCUUCUGUUAAACCUCAACCUGCACCAGCUUUCAUAAUGUCUACAAAUGCUCAGGCCAGGUAUACCAUACAAACAUCAAGUAUUGGAGUACCUCCACUUCCUUGUAGACAAGUUGAUAUUGAUCCAUCAUCUUUGAAAAACAUUCAUCAUAUGAUCUAUCCUGCUGCACCCUCACACCCACUGGCAAGUCAUCAUAAUUAUUACAAGCAGCACAAUGGAAUGAAGUACUCCAUGAAAGCAAUGUAUAAUCACAGUCCAAGCCGUGAGCAAGAAUUGGUUAGCAAUAGUGGUAUGAAUCAGCCAGCGAGCAACAAAACACACUACCAGUAUAACAGGAACUGUAGGCGAAAGAAACCUGCAAGAGAGAACUUACCUAUCAGCAUUAGCAGAUGAUUUGUUGCACUCUACAGACUUUCUUAAAAUACCUGUUAUUGGUGCAGUGGCCAGCAUCAAGCACAUCCUCCCAACUGAGCACCACCUUUGGAUUCAUUUGCAUGCCUCUUGUGGUGGUCAAGUCCAUUUCUAAAGAAUUAAUACAAAUGUCUGAUGCUUCAAUACCAGAGGAGAUUUAUUUCUUCUUUAGUAAUCUUUGCAACAUUUGCAGUGUUGCUGCCCAAAUUUUUGGCACAUUUUAUUUUUUGAUAUAUGCAUUCUAUUUCUUUGGCAGCUUUUUUUUAAACUGUAAAGGAAGAUUUAUUUCCUUAUAAGACAAUGGUUUAAAGCCUGUCAGGCGGCUAUAGCCAUCCUAUUGUGGUCCCCUCACAGGAAAAAGUUUCUUUAUAAUUGUACAUAUUAAGAACUUAUACUUUGUGCAAUAUAUUUUUAUUUAACUUAAUGUUAACUUAUAAUUCAGCAUUUUGCAGGGAGCUAAUGUGUUUACAUAUUUCUAAGGUUGCUGGAUUUGUGCUUUUUUUUCUUCUUCUAGAUUGGUGAGUAAUAGCCCAGUCAAUGCAGCAAGGUUUCAUCCGUUACUAAAAUAUAUAGAUGUAUUUUUUUCUGUCUUCCAAUGCACCAAAGAAUAUUGUCUGCAGCUUGUCAUUUUGUCUUUGAUCUCCCUUUUGAACCACCAUUUUAUUUAUUUUGUAUAUAUAUUUUUUUUAAUCAGACAAUUUAGCAUUUUUCUUUUUAACUUUCAAAACCUUAGUAUAUAGGUGAAAACAAGAAUUUACAGCUAUGAUAUAUGCUUCAGUGGAGAUUUUACAGGUACUUGAUUUAAUGAACCUUGGGACAGAAAUUAUGUAGAUUCUUUUACUAUAAGGAGAACUACAUUUUAAAUGUGAUCUUAUGUAUGUGUUAGACCUAAACCUAUAUUUGAUGGCACUUCUGAGAGAGCAUCUGGAUGCACUGCAGUUCUAGUCAAAUAUAAAGUAUUCUAAUUUAGGAACGUUAUCUUUAGAACUGAUAUUUAAAUAUGGAUGCAAAUAUAUUACUAGGAGCAUAUUUAAAGCUGAUGUCUAAAAGGGAACGUUUAUCCUUUUCCCUCUGGUAUGAAAAUAUCAGACAUUUUAUUGAUUACACAAGUGUGUUGACAUUCCAAGCAGAGUAGCACAUUAUAGUAAUUCGGAAUAGUUGUAUCAUGAAUCGUUACACGUACAGCAAUAAAUGAAGUGUAAAUUUACAUUGGAAAUAAAACUCCCUCUAUACCUUGAUGUAAUGCAAUUUGAGCCAAAUGAAUUAGCCGGACUAUCACUGUGCUACUUGUAAAUGGAUAUCGUGUGAAUCUUUUGGUGAAGAUGUGAAGCUGAAAUUGAACAUAUUUUUAUGUAAAGGUUUUUUUAAUUUCAUUUUUAAUAAACUUUGAAAAUGUAA